AUGGCGAUGGACUCGAACGAUGAGGAUGUCAUGGCCGCGCUCAGGGACGAGGAUCUCGAUGUCGCGGCUAUUACGAGGGACGCCAAUGGAGACGAUGAACAUUUGGUGAUCCUCAUCUCCCUCUUUGCCAUGAUGGCUGAGGAGGACAAGCCGAUCACUGAUGGCUCCGCGCUGGGGUGGCGCAAGAGCAAGCGAAGGCAUAGGAUGGACGGCGAUGCCGACUACUUCGCCGACGAUCCAUUGCACGGCGAUGCCGUAUUCCACCGUCGUUUCUGGAUGAGUAGGAAGCUCUUUCUGAAGAUAGUCGAGAAUUUGAGGCAGGUCGACUACUUCAAACUGAAGAGAGACACAGUCGGCGAGCUUGGUUUCUCGAUAAUUCAGAAAUGCACUAUGGCUCUUCGGAUGCUGGCCUAUGGAAUUGCAUGUGGGCUGGGCUGGUACUGGGCUGUUGAGGUGGUGAUGGUCCUGGGCUGCUGCGGGCUGCUGAGGUUCAAAACUAUUUGA